CAUUUGGUUUGACAGCUGCCACAGCCUGUGUGCAAAAAUACAUGCAGAAAAGUACACAGCACAUACAAAUGCUAGGCAAACACACUUUUACAAUUUAUUAAAACGGGAAGCACUCGCACUCGCAGUGCCGAGCAAAAUUAAUCAGACGUGAUUGAGUUAUAAUUUAGCGCAAGGCACAGCAGUCAAAACAAAAAGUAAUAACAUAUGUAUGUUUUUUCGGUCAAUAUUCUCCCAGCACACAAAGAUACGUGCAAACACAAACACACCAAAAGAGAAUACGCCAUAGUUUAAAGUGUAGGUUGGAAAGAAAAACAUAUAUUUAAAAUACUUAAAGUUUCAAGUAAUUAGUGGAUAUUCGUGAAUUUCGAUGUCGAUAUCGUGUUCGUGUUUCGGGUUCCUUAAUGAUUUAGUUGUUGUUGUCAUCCAAUAAGCGGUGCACGCGUCGGUGUCGGUCUCGAGUGCAAUUAAAAAUUUUAUCCCUCCUGAAGACGACGAGCGGAUACAGACGCACUCUCACACGCACACGCGCACACAACAAAAACAAAUUGUGGCGGCCACGGCAGCAGCAGAUACCAGAAAAGCAGCGAAGCAACAACUAAUAAUAAAGCAGAUAUAAAUUGUACGUAAAAAAAUAGCGCUAGGAAAACCAACAACAACAAUCAACAAAAGUGGACAAGAAUUUGCCACUCUAAGCAGUUUUGUUGGAUGAGUAGUGGUGCGGAGAGGAAAGUUUUGUGAAACGAACGAGGAAUCACAACAAAAGAGGCUCUUGGUAAAUAGUGGCAGUAGUGGCAGCGCUGGAGUGGAGCAGGAUUUGGACAGAGCACAGAGAGAACACUGCGCCCGGAUUCCAAUGAAUAGCAAACGGCCAAAUAAGAUGGAAAUUGAAACAGAUCAAUCAAUCGAAGCAAUGGACACCCAAGAGGUCGAGAUAAUUACAAGCGACCUACAGCAACAACCACAACAGCAGCAGCAACAACAGCAACAACAACAGACUAAUUCGCCACCACAACUGCCCAAAUUUAAGAAUCUAAUGCAUCCACAGUUGCACGCUGUCGGUGGCGUUACCCAACUUCCCAGUGAAAACGGCAAUGUGCCGCCACAACAACUUUUAGCCGAUAGCAGCUCUUCUUCGUUCAUAAACGAGCAAGAGAUGCCGAUGGAUGAUGAGACGAAGGAGGAUCAGUUCCGUUCCGAAACAACGUUCUCCUAUACGGUGGAGAACAUUGGCCAGCUGAAGAACCAGCACUUAUCACCAGCCGUCUAUGUGCGCAUGUUGCCAUGGAAGAUAAUGGUUAUACCGAAUGAUCGGGCCCUCGGCUUCUUCCUGCAGUGUAAUGGUGAAAAUGAUUCGCCCACCUGGUCGUGUAAUGCAAUUGCUGAGCUGCGUCUGAAAUGCCACAAACCGGACGCACAGCCGUUUACCCGGGCACGCAUCAAACACUUGUUCUACAGCAAGGAGAACGACUACGGAUAUUCGAAUUUCAUCACCUGGCAGGAGUUGCAGGAUCCGGACAAGUGCUAUGUACUAAACAAUAGCAUUACGUUGGAGGUGCAUGUCAUAGCGGAUGCACCGCACGGCGUACUCUGGGACUCAAAGAAACACACUGGCUAUGUGGGCCUGAAGAAUCAGGGAGCCACCUGCUAUAUGAAUUCGCUGCUACAGACCUUAUAUUUUACGAACUCGUUGCGUCUCGCGGUCUAUCGCAUACCCACUGAGGCCGAUGAUAGCACCAAAUCCGUGGGUCUUUCGCUGCAACGCGUCUUCCAUGAGCUGCAGUUUGGCGAUCGCCCGGUGGGCACCAAAAAGCUGACCAAAUCAUUCGGCUGGGAAACCCUCGACUCGUUCAUGCAACACGAUGUUCAGGAAUUUCUGCGCGUCCUUCUCGACAAGCUGGAGUCCAAGAUGAAGGGCACCUGCCUGGAGGGCACAAUUCCCGGACUCUUCGAAGGAAAGAUGUCCUCGUACAUUAAAUGCAAGAAUGUCGACUAUAAUAGCACACGCUAUGAGACUUUUUACGAUAUUCAGCUAAAUAUCAAAGACAAGAAGAACAUAUACGAGUCGUUUCAGGAUUAUGUCGCAUCCGAGACUUUGGAGGGGGACAACAAAUACGACGCCGGCGUCCAUGGCUUGCAGGAAGCCAGCAAGGGUGUCAUCUUUACCUCAUUCCCGCCAGUCUUGCACUUACAUUUGAUGCGUUUCCAGUACGAUCCGAUCACAGACAGCUCCAUCAAAUAUAACGAUCGGUUUGAGUUCUAUGAGCAAAUCAAUUUGGAUCGCUAUCUGGCCGAGCGUGAGAAGACGCCAGCGGACUAUUUUUUGCAUGCCGUACUCGUCCACUCUGGCGAUAAUCAUGGCGGUCAUUAUGUGGUAUUCAUAAACCCUAAGGCCGAUGGACGUUGGUUUAAAUUCGACGAUGAUGUGGUUUCCAGUUGUCGGAAACAAGAGGCGAUUGAACAGAAUUACGGCGGCAUGGACGAUGAAAUAUCCUUUCAUGCCAAAUGCAGCAACGCUUACAUGCUUGUCUAUAUACGUCAAUCGGAACUGGAUCGAGUGCUCAGCGAUAUACCGGAGAAUGAGAUCUCGAGCGAUCUGGUGGAGCGCUUGGAUCUGGAGAAACGGAUCGAAUUGGUGCGUCGCAAGGAGCGCAACGAGGCCAAUCUAUAUGUCUCGAUUCACGUCAUACUCGAGGAAUAUUUCGAGGGCCAACAGAAGCGGCGACUGUUCGACUUGGAGAAGACACAUCAGCGACCAUUCAAGCUAAAGCAAACCCAAACUGUGGACGAAUUGGUCGAUAUGCUGGUCAAGGCAUUCGGCGUGUCACGCGAUCGCAUGCGCAUGUGGAAUAUGUGCACAGCCCAGAAUCAAAAGUUUAUCUAUUUCGACUUUGAGGCCGAGGCGAUGCGCACCAUCGAACAGAUCCCACCAUCGCAAAAGCCCUGGGUAAUCUUUUUGGAGCUAGCGUCGGCAGAGAACACCGGUCCGCUGCCGCCCUUUAAUCCUAAAACAGACGCAUUGCUCUUCUUAAAGUAUUACGAUGCGCGCAACAAACGCUUGAAUUAUAUUGGUUGCACCCAUCAGCCACUGAAUCGUCGCAUCUCAGAGCUCGUGCCUGAGGUGAAUCGGAAGCUAGGCUUUGAACCCGACACUGAACUAACCGUCUUCGAUGAAUGUGGUGAUAAGAAGGUGCCGAACAUAAAUGACACCAUCGACAAUGUUCUCUACAUAUCGCAGGAUCAUCUGCAGGGUCAGAUAUUGAUCUUUGAACGCGAAAAUGUUGACAUGAAACUCGAUUUGCCCACAGUCGAAGACUACUUUAUGGAUCUGGUCUAUCGAAUUGAAAUCAUAUUCAGUGAUAAAUGUAAUCCCAAUGAACCAGACUUUACGCUCGAGCUCUCCAAUCGCUACAAUUAUGAACAGCUGACAAAUGCAGUCGCCGAGCGUCUAAACACAGAUCCACAAAAGUUACAGUUCUUCAUGUGCAUCAACAACUACAAAGAGACAGCGGGAAAUGCUGUGCCCUACACAUUUAAGGGCACCAUCAAGGAUCUGGUCUCCUACAACAAUAAGAGCACACCGAAGAGAAUUUUCUAUCAAAGACUGUCGCUGAGCAUCCAUGAAUUGGACAAUAAGAAACAAUUCAAAUGCAUUUGGGUUUCGAACGACCUCAAGGAGGAGAAGGAGCUGGUGCUCUAUCCCAACAAAAAUGACACCGUCAAGGGGCUGUUAGACGAGGCGGUCAAGAAGAUACCGCUACCCGAGAAUAGUCGCAAGAAAUUGCGUCUGAUGAAGGUCGGAAAUCAUAAAAUAGUCACCGUUUGCAAGGACGAAGUCCCUCUGGAGACGCUACUUAAGUCGAGCGAAUCAAUAACCACCACACAGGGUGCACAGAAGACCUAUCGGAUCGAGGAAAUAUCCAUCGAGGAGGCCCAGCUGGCCGAGAACGAGAUGCUCAUACCGGUCGCGCAUUUCAGCAAGGAGCUAUACAAUUCAUUUGGGGUGCCCUUCCUGACCAAGGCGCGGCAUGGCGAGCCCUACAGUGCGCUGAAGCAGCGCAUACAGAAGCGCCUAAAUGUGCCGGACAAAGAGUGGGAGAACUACAAGUUUGCUGUCAUCACGAUGGGGCAUACUGUGGACGUGAAUGACAACACUCCCGUGGAUUUGGAGGUCUAUCGCACCUGGACUGGCGGCCAGCUGCCAUUCUUCGGACUCGAUCACAUUAACAAGUCUCGCAAACGCAGCUCGCUCAAUUUCUCGGAGAAGGCAAUCAAGAUCUACAACUAAUCUGAAUUAAACAUCCAUCUGCGGAUCCUAUGGUUUGGCUGGCGGCCCCUGGCAUUGGCAUAAUCGCAGAAAAACUCUACAAAAAAAACAUACAUAUAUAGUUAUUAUAUGUGAGGUCGAAAGGUCGGGUUGCGCGUGCCAUACAGACGACGAAAACUAUGGACUUUUGCGGACUUGUGAGCUGUUUUUCUCUUUUUUU